CGGCGUCCGCGGGGCGCCUGCCGGCGGGCGGGUCUCUCGCUCGGCGUGCCUGCGCGGGGGUCCGCAGCCGCUCCGGCCGGGGCCCAUGGCUCGAGCGCGGCGGAGCCGGGGCGCCGCGGCGGCGGGCGCCGCGGCCGCGCCGCCGAGAUGGGCAAGGGCUGCGGCAAGCGGGGCCCGGCCGGCGGCGCGAGGGGGCGGGGCAGGCAGCCGCGGCGCCAGGGCGCCGACGCCGCCGAGGUGGGCGAGGGCCCGUGCUCGGGCGAGGAGCCCGUCUCGGAGGACGAGCCUGGUGCCGGGGACUCCGAGGGGGGGCCCGUGCGCCGCGUGCGCCUGGCCCUCUUCGAGUUCGCCCAGAACGACCCGAAGGCGGACGGCGGGAGCGCGGGGGGGAAGUCGGAAGGAGAAGGCCUCGAAGGCAUUUGGCAGUUCAUCCCGGACGCACUGACUUUUCAGGACAGGGAGUGCCUCCUCGCCAACGGCCUCGCCGGCAUCAACGCCAGCUGGAACCGCAUGGACGAGCUGCCGUGGCAGCGGCUUCGACGGCAGGGCCAGCACCGCAUCCUCCCACAUCUCGUGGCCAUGGCCGCCACCCUGCUCAUCGCCGGCCUCGACGACGAUGCCGCCGCGAUCAUGCGGUCUUUUCAGUGGGGCGAGGAGUUUUUGAAGAUCAACCUCGAGGCCCUCGCCGCCUAUGCGUGCGCCCCCGACGCGGAGGGCGUGCGCCGCCGGGAGGCGGAGCUGCUGUCGCGCCGCUGCGACGAGAGGGCGGCGCGCAAGGCCGACGCGGACCUCGGGGGCAACGAGACCGCUGGGUCCUGGAGCGGCGCCACCUUGGAGCACAUGACGUGCACCGAAGUCCUGUCGCCCCCCCCCGCCUUCCUACCCUGGCAGGAGUCCCACGGGACCUUCGCCAGCGCGUUGCCGCUGAGCCCCGCGAUGCCGGCGGCCCUCUGGAAGGCGGGCGUGGCCAGGGACUGCAGCGCGAGGAGCGUGGCCUUCAUCUCCUUUCUGGCACCGCCGGGCGCGGCGACGCCCGCCGAGUUUGGCACGCCCACCGCUGCGCCAGGCGCGGCCUCCGCCGCGGCGCCCGUGGGCCCCUUCGCGGCGGGCGCGGCGCCGGUGGCCGCGGGCGACGCCGCGGGCGCCGCGGCCGCGGGCGCCGCCGCGGCCGGCGCGGGCCGCCGCCGCGGCGCCUCCGCGGCCGCGGGCCUCUGGGCGAGGGCCCUGCGCUCCUCCUCCUUGGCCUCGCGCCAGAGCUCCCAGGCCGAGGGCCCGAGGCCGCUGAUGAUCAGACCGAGCGCGCACUGCGUGAUCAGCGCAGGCCACAUGCAGAGCUGGACACGGGGGUUCUUGUUCUACUGGUUCGUAGUCAUCUCACGGCCAGGCCGACUGUUCAGCAACGCGGACUUCUACGGCUUCAGCGGCAACGGACACUACAACAACCCGCAGCCGAUCUGGGAGAAGUGGCUUCCGUUUGAGCACCUCUUCUACCAGGCUCCCUCGCCCGCCCUCAGUGACCUCCCCGCGGCCGCCCUCUUCCCCCGCAUCUUUGGUGCCGAUCUGCCGUUCCGCAACCCGACCCAGGGGGUCCAGGACAAGGGCGACUGGCUUGUGGUAGGCGCCUUCCCGAAGGCCCCCUGGUCGGCCCCCCCCGAGAGCGAGCUCGAAGCGCUCCUCGCCUGCGGGGACCCCGCCAUCGCGGCCAGGCUGCAGGAGGCAGUCCGUGACGCGCGGGGCUGCGUCGCGCCCGCGGUCGCCCCAGCUCCGAAGCCGCUCGAGCAGAGGCUGCAGUCGGCCACGGCGAAGCGGAUCCACCUCCAGCGCCAGCUCGACGAGGCGGCGGACGCGCUCGUGGCGGCGGAGGACCACCUCGCUCUGUGCCGAGGCUGGCGCGACGAGGCGGCGGUCAACCUCGCAGAGUCAUUCGAGAACUUCGCGGAGCUGGAGGAGGAGGCGCAGGCCACCCUCAGGCGCCUCUGUGACGAGGGGCUUCAGAUCACGCAGGGGGCGCAGGCUACGUUCGAGCGCAACUGCCAGGAGCACCAGCAGCGCAUCAAGCGCCAGAUCGAGGAGGAGGCGGCCAAGAAGCGCAAGCGCACCGUGGACAGGCGGCCGCCCCUGCUGCUGCCGCCGCCCCAGCAGCAGGCGCUGCGCCUGGCGCAGGGCCCCCCCCAGCGGCCGCCGUGGAGAGCCGAGCGGCAGACGAGGCGGCCCGACAGCGCGCUGCCGACCAAAAGGCUGCUGCGGCGGCCCCUCCACCUGCUGCUGGCGCUGCUGCUGGCAGCGGCCAGGCCCGCGGGUAGCACCCUGCUGCCAGGCGGCGGCCCCGUAAGCGCGGCGCCGCCCGUCCCAGACGGGGCUGAGGAGGCAGAGGCGGCGGCGCCCAGCCGCCCCGCGGCGAAGGCGGCGCCGAGCGGCGGCAUGCACGCCUACCUGGCGGCCAACGUCGAGGCCGACGCUGGGGAAGGGCUUCCCUUCACUGGGCCGCUGCUGCGCCAGGACCGACGCUCCGACGAUGCGCGCCAUGGUUCCAAGUUCAAGGCGCUCAGUAGCAGGACAGAGCCAAGCGCUGCGGCGGACUUGGAUGGGCCCGACCGAAGGACUGGCAGUCCUCAGCCCAGCCAGGGGCCCAUGCGGAAUAGUGGGUACCCAAUUCAAGUUGGCGAGGCUAAGGGCGAGGGCGUGAGACCCCCUGAGGUUCGGGGCCCCAAGGCGGCGGGCAGCCGCCCGCCUGGCGGCCGCGCGGGCGCCGCGGCAGCCGCGAAGCCUGCAGCCCAGCCCCAGCCAGGGCGACCGCAGGACAAGCCCCUCCAGCUGGCCAAGCUGCAGCGCACGGAGCGGGGCGACCUCAUGGAGGUGGAGCUCUUCGGCAACCGCCUCUUGGGCCAGCUCGCGAAGGCGGGCGCGGCGAUGCACGCCAUCGCCGACGAGGAGGCCCGCCUGCUCCAGGGCUGCCAGGCCCGCACCCGCUUCGCGGCGCGCUUCGCCGCCGAUUUCGAGGUCCAGGACACGGAGUCGGGCUUGCGGGACCUCACCCCCUGCAUUGCGGAGGAGCUCGACGGCGAGGCCGACCCCCUGUUCGCCGCCGCGGCGGAGCCCGCCCCUGGGACAGGUGGAUUCAGCCCACCGAAGUCGCAGUCCCAGGGGCGCGGCCAGUUAGGGAAGAAACACGACGUGGAGGUGCGCGCGGCUGGCAUCGCGGGGCUGGACGCGCUGUUGGCUGCUCCUGACGGCGCGGCGCUGGUGCGCGGCAGCGGCAUCUCGGAACCCAUCGAGCUCCCCGAGGGCCGCGAGGCAGCCGCCGCUGUCGGGCACGCCGCUGGCGGAGGCCCUGGGCAGCCGCCGCGGCCUGCAGACAGCAGCCUGCCGCCCCCAGCUGCCCCCUUGGCGCGCCGCCCGCGGCAGGUUCGCCAGGCGCCACGCGACGCGGAGCACGUCGCGCUGUAUGGCGAUGGCAACGUGAAGGAGAUCGACGCGGAGCUUUGCGGUGGCUACGCCGAGGCGCAGGCCUCGGCGGCUGAUGGCGGCCCCCUCCUCGCCACGGCGGCGGCCCUGGCAGCGGUGGCGGCUGCCGGCGCCUCCAGCUCGCGCCCUUCGCCCAUGGUGCGCCGCCCCGCCUCGGCCGCGUCGCCCGCGGAUGCCCUGCGACGCGUCGCCCAGCGCAGGGCGCAGGUGCAGCCGAGGCGCCGCGAGGCCAGGCAGGGCCACGGCGCGGAGGGGCAGGCGCUCGUGGCAACGCCCGUGCCAGCGCAGCGGCUGCCAGCAGCCGCCCAGCCCCCACCGCCUGCGGCUGGCGCUGGGAGCCAGGCGGCUGCGCCGCCGAGCGCCGCGGCUACGCGGCGGCUGGCCGCGGCGGCCCCGCGGGAGGAGGCCGCCGAGCCGCGGCGGUCCCGCCCAGGGCUCGAGGGUGUGCGUGGAGCCCACGGCUUCGCGGACGCAGCGGCGGCCCGCGAGCGCGGGCGAGCCGCGACGGGAGCGGCCGCCCGCGCAGGCCGCCGGCUCGCGGGCUUCGCCGCCGCGUGCCCUUCUCCCCUGGGGCGCCGCUUGGCCGAUGGCGUCCGGCGCGGCGCGCGCACAGAUGGCCGCUCGCCUGGGCCGCCGGCCAGGGGCCUGGCCGCGCAGAGGCGGGUGGACCCGGACAGGCCCAAGAGGCCCACGAGCGCGUAUCUGCGAUUCCUGAGUGAGUUCCGUUCGCAGAAGCCUGCCGACCUUUCCGGGAAGGACCUCAUGAAGGCGGCGGGAGCCGAGUGGAAGGCGCUGCCCGCGGAGCGCAAGAAGCCCUACGAGGCCGCCUACGAAAAGGAGGCGGUGGUGUACAGGAGUGCUUACGAUCAGUACGUGUCUUCAGGGAAGAAGGACGCGUUCAAGCGAGACCCAGACAAACCCAAGAGACCACUCACAGGUUUCCUGCGGUUUGUGGCUGAGAAGAGGGAGCAAAACAAAGACGCUAAGCCGACGGUCCUAACGAAGGAGGCGAGUGACUCCUGGAAGGGCAUGUCGGAGGCGCAGCGGAAGCCAUACAACGAGGCGUACGAGCUGGACACGGCACGAUACGCAGAGAAAAUGAAGGCAUACGUUGCAACUGGAAAAGAGGAGGAGUGGAAGGCCAAAGUCGGCAUCAAGACCAUGUCGGAGAAGCUCGAGGAGAAGAAGGCCGCCAAGGAGGCCGCGGCGCUCAAGAGGAAGGCCGAGGCGGAAAAAAAGAAGGCGGCCGCCCAGAAGAAGAAGGACGCGCUGAAGGCCAAGAAGGCCGCCGCCGCGGAGAAGAAGGCCGCACAAAAGGCAGCCGCGGCGGACAAGAAGAGGGCCAAGGCUGCCGCGCUCAAGGCUAAGGCGGCGGAGACCCUGGCCAAGAAGAAGAAGGCCCAGGCGGCGAAGGCAGCUAAGGAGAAGAAGGUUGUCAGCACGGGGAAAGCCAAGUGA